AUGCCUCCCCCGACUUCAGCCAGUAGGACCAUCUUCGUCGCAAACAUCCCCUACGAUGUAUCCGAAGAGCAGUUAGCGAGUACGUUCUCGGAAGCUGGUCCAGUGAACAACGUAGAGAUCAAGUUCGACCCUCAGACUGGACGUUCUAAGGGAUACGCAUUCGUGCAAUUCUACGAUGAAGCCACAGCCUUAUCUGCCGUCCGAAACUUACAAGAAGUGCCCGUGAAUGGUCGAAAUUUACGAGUGGAACUAUCGACCGACGAACCUGGACCUAGAAGAGGAGGAAGAGGAAGCAGAGGUGGUAUACCCGGUCAUCCAGGUGGUCCAGUAGGUAAUGCACCUCCGGGAAGUGGCGGACCAGGCGGACAAGGUGGAUACAGUAGAGCAGAAGAUACUCCUCCGAGAGGGUAUGAUGCAGGACCUCCGGUGAACAGAGUGGAUCUUUCGGCUUUGCCUGAAGGUGCUCCUCUACCCCAUGCUGCCAACGCAACGGAUAGUAUCAGUAAGACGUUGGCGACGGUCACUCCGGGUCAGAUGCAGGAUGUCAUGGCUAGUAUGAAGUCUCUCAUCACGACGAAUCCAGAGCAAGCACGACAGCUCCUCUCGUCGAAACCUCAACUCGCAUAUGCGUUGUUCCAAGCUAUGUUAUUGAUGAAUAUUGUGGAUCCAUCGGUGCUCCAGCGAAUUCAGCCUCUUCCAGCGACUGCUCCACCUCCCCCAUCCAAUUACCCACCUCCUGCUCAGAACGCCUACCCUGCUUAUCCACCCGCAUCGUCCGGUCCAUCUUAUCCACCUGGAGGAGCAGGUUAUCGACCACCACCUCAACAGGGAGGAUACAACUCUGCUCCUCCCGCAGCGGGUUAUGGUACACCUUCAUAUGGUGCCACCACACCUGCACCUCCUCAACCACCUGCUAGUGGUAUGGCAGCGUUGCCUCCCAGUGCUCAGCAGGCUUUGGCUACGUUACCAGAGGAUCAGCAGCAAAUGCUACUUCAAGUGUUACAGCUCACACCGGAUCAGAUCAACGCUUUGGAUGCUACACAAAAGGCGUCGAUCAUGCAGCUGAGACAACAAUUCCUCGGUACUGCGGCUUAG